CUCUGUAGUAUGUACCCUCGUUGCUCUCUAUAAGUACUCCCACAACCACGAACUCCAAAACAUCAUCUCAUAAACCAAAAACCACAUUAUCCGAGAUUUGAUUAUUUCUCACUACAACCUUCUUGUCAUUUUUUUCUGUAACCAUGAGUCUUCUGACCGAUCUCAUUAACCUUGACCUCUCAGACAACACUGAGAAAAUCAUCGCUGAAUACAUAUGGGUUGGUGGUUCAGGAAUGGACAUGAGAAGCAAAGCUAGGACUCUCUCUGGACCUGUGACCGAUCCAUCACAACUCCCAAAGUGGAAUUAUGAUGGUUCAAGCACUGGCCAAGCUCCUGGUGAAGACAGUGAAGUGAUCUUAUACCCUCAAGCGAUUUUCAAGGAUCCGUUCCGUAGAGGCAACCACAUUCUUGUCAUGUGUGAUACUUACACCCCUGCGGGUGAACCAAUUCCUACGAACAAGAGACAUGCUGCUGCUCAGAUCUUUAGCCACCCUGAUGUUGUAGCUGAAGUGCCAUGGUAUGGAAUUGAACAAGAGUACACUCUCUUGCAGAAGGAUGUGAAGUGGCCUGUUGGAUGGCCCAUUGGUGGCUUCCCUGGCCCUCAGGGACCAUACUACUGCAGUGUUGGAGCUGACAAAUCUUUUGGAAGAGACAUUGUUGAUGCUCACUACAAGGCUUGUUUGUAUGCCGGAAUUAACAUCAGUGGGAUCAAUGGAGAAGUCAUGCCUGGUCAGUGGGAGUUCCAAGUCGGACCAUCGGUUGGUAUCUCAGCCGCUGAUGAAGUGUGGAUCGCUCGUUACAUUUUGGAGAGGAUCACAGAGAUUGCUGGUGUGGUUGUAUCUUUUGACCCAAAACCAAUUCCUGGUGACUGGAACGGAGCUGGUGCUCACACCAACUACAGUACUAAGUCGAUGAGGGAGGAAGGAGGAUACGAGAUAAUCAAGAAGGCAAUCGAUAAGCUCGGACUGAGACACAAGGAGCACAUUUCUGCUUAUGGUGAAGGCAACGAGCGCCGUCUCACCGGGCACCAUGAAACUGCUGACAUCAACACUUUCAAAUGGGGUGUUGCAAACCGUGGAGCAUCAAUCCGAGUAGGACGUGACACGGAGAAGGAAGGGAAAGGAUACUUUGAGGAUAGGAGGCCAGCUUCCAACAUGGACCCUUACAUUGUUACUUCCAUGGUUGCAGAGACUACUAUCCUUUGGAAUCCUUGAAGAAAUAUGCCAAUAAUAUAACUUGAAAUCUUUUGGGGGUUUCAAGUUUGUGUUUUCUAUAAUUAUUUAAGCAAUUACCGGGUUGAUGUUACCGGGGUUUGUGGUUUGGGGCCUUUCUUUUAAUCUCUUUGUGUUUUGGGGUUUGUGAUUGGAGCAAAACCUGAUUUGCUCUGUUUCCUUGACCUUUUAUUUGACCCCUUAAAAUUUGUAUUAAUAAGACGAUCUGAAAAAGGCCUUUUCAUGUUUCAAUC